AUGGACAGCAACGGUGAUGCGCUCGUGCGCAUCGUCGUUAGCUCGGAUGGAGUUCCGGAGGACGACUAUGUAGCAACGCAGCCAGAUUCAUGGCUAUUAAUACGGGAAAAGGCAGCAUUCCCGCAACUACGGCUGGCUCCGGGCAUACAGACUCCGCAGCUGACAUUCACCACCACCACGCUCCCAGCCGGCCUGGGGCUGAUUGGGGUCUCGGCCAAAAUCGGCGAGAGAGAGACGACAGAAUGGCAGCCGGCAGAGAGGGACGGGGAGGCAUAUGUGGUGAAGUGGACAGCGGCCGAGGCGACAGACAGCCUGGUGGCGGUGCGCCUGCUGGUCAGGCACGGUGACUUGGGCGACGAACGCCAAGUCGGCCAGUUCAGUGUAUUCGUGAGCAUGCGAGAGCCGGCGGAUAUGCCGAUUGCCGACCCCAACGACGAGAGCAGCUCCGUGGCGACCCCGGACACAGCACACGAGCAGCCACACGCGUACUAUAGCCUGGUGCGGUUCAACCGGCAGCGGGUGUCAGCGCAGGGAGACGAACCGCAGGAGACCCGCGAGCCACACCCGCUGCUGAGCAAAUGGAUAGCCGAGGACAGCCCGGCGUUCCGCUCAGCCAUCCACUCCAUGGAGGAGCAGGCGCUGGCGAACCGCAGCAAAUACAAGGAGCUGUCGCGCAGCUCAGCGCUUUUGCACGAGUCGUAUGUCGGGUUCAUGCGCAGUUUCGCCGAGGCCACGGGAACCCUGGCCGGCCUGCCGGUGUUCAAGCCAUUGCAUAGUGCGUUUGUUGAGCCGCUAAGGCGCGAUCUCGAGCGCGUGCUGGGCACGGUGUGCGCGCAGUGGGACUCGCUGGUCGCCGACCGCGCCAAGCAGCUCUACGAGAACACGUUUAGAAGCCUGGACGCGCGGCGGACCGAAUUCGACGACGCGUCGAACCACUACUACGACGAGCUCGGCAAGCACCUGAAGGCCAAGGCGUCCAGCGAGGAUGCGAAGCGCGACCACCUGUUUGCCCGUCGCCGCAGCUCGUUCGAUCUGGCCAGGUGGACGUACUUUGCGGAUCUCUGGAAUGCCUCUGGCGGCUGGGGCGAGUUGGAGCUGCUGGCGUCGGCGGUGCGGUGGGCGCGCAUGGUCAACAAGGUCCAUCACGGGACGUCGCAGAUGGCCGAGGACGGGCUGGUCGCCUGGUAUGCGGGCAAUUUGCCGGCGCUGAUGAGCGAAAUAAGAAUGGAGCGGGCCGAGGCCGACGAGUUCCGGGCGUCGCUGGAAGGCAAGUUUGUCCGGGUCACCCACGAGUCGCCGGCGGCCGGUGACAGACGCAAGAUCAAUCUGCUGCGGCUGUCGGCGGUGCAGCCACCAGAGAGCCUGGGGGAGCUUGCCCCGGCACUGCCACCCAUCCCAGGCACCAUCGAUCUGGAAGCAUUGGGCGGUCAUGCAAACGGCCUUGCAGCCCGGCGGUCCACGGACCAGCCGCGCAGCCACACCGGGCCAGCAGCAGCGGGCUCGCAGGAUCCUGCUCGCAAGCCCCUGCAGCCCGCCGCCAGCGACGGCUCGCACGAAGGGUUCCUGUUUGCGCGGACCAGCAACAAGCACCACACGACAACAAAGAACAUGAUGGCAACCAGCAACAGCGUGUGGAGGCGGUACUGGUGCGUGGUGAAGGACGGGCGGCUGCAAAAGUACACACACUGGAAGUCGGUCGGCAUUCCGGAGCCGCGCGGCGAGCCCGUGGAGCUGCGUACGGCGACAGUGCGGGCGCUGGCGCCCGACGCAAAGCAGAGCAGCAAAAGACGGUUCUGCUUCGAGGUCAUCACGCCCAGCUACUACGGCGUCUUUCAGGCCACCAGCGACCAGGACCUAAAGUGCUGGCUGGACGUACUGCGGCGCGCCAUCGAGCUCAGUCUGCUCAAGGGCCUGGCCAGCAUGCGCCAGGCGCCUGCCUCCCAGACAAAGCCACUAGGCGACGACCGCGGCAGCCCAAAGUCCCUAGCGCGCGGCAGCCAGGCGUCACACACAUCGGAGUCCCUGGCAACAAUAUCGACCGGCGCCGGGCAAUCGCCGGGCAUGCGCGCAUCGGCGGUGCUUGGAUACGAGGCGCUGGGACAGCUGGACGGGGACGCGGAUCCCGCCAACCACCUGUGCGCUGACUGCGGCAGCGAGUCGCCCGAGUGGUGCUCACUGAACCUUGGCUGCCUCGUUUGCAUCGAGUGCUCGGGCAUCCACCGCAGCCUGGGCACUCACAUCAGCAAGGUGCGCAGCCUGACUUUGGACAUUAUCUCGUUCAAACCGGCCACUAUCGCAUUGCUGCUGCGCACCGGCAAUGCCCUGAACCGCGCAGUGUUUGAGGCCAAUGCCACCGGCCGGCCCCGCGGCUCCAGAAGCGACAAGCAGGAGUUCAUUCACGCAAAGUACGUAUCCAAGGCGUUUGUCGACCGCCAGUGGGAGAUGGUAGAUGCCAAUCCUGAUAUUGGCGAGCUGUUCCCGUGGACCCGCAAGUCGGCCACUGCAUUGCUGUUUGCUGCAACAACGCUCGGUGACCUGCAUGCGGCGAUGCGGGCGCUGGCGCUGGGUGCCGACACCAAUGGCUCCAUGCACGUACCUGGAACCGACGGUGUGGCGGUUGAAAUGACGCUGCUGCAGGCCAGCACUAUUCGGUGCCAGCCAGAUCAGCAGCGUCCGGGCCCAUGGCACCUGCGGCCGAGCGCUCCUACCGUCACCCACACCGAGAUCGCCGAAGUCCUGGGCUUGACAUGCCUCCAUAUCGCCUGCAUGCUGGGCAGCCUCAGCAUCACGCGCUACCUGCUCGACAAGGGUGCCGACCCGCAGAUGCCUUUUGAUGGCAAGCAGCCGCUGGACUUGCUGCCUGCUGACGAGCCAGGAAUGCAGGACCUCAAGGCAGCCGCGGGUGGCUCGACAUGUCCGCUGAGUCGUCCAAGUGGGCCUGGAAACAGGUCACUGCGGCGCAUGAGCAGCUACUCGCAUUCCAAAUCCGCCGUCUCCAGCGACUCGCCCGACCGAUCUGGCAAAACCGACGGCUCGGUGUUCUCUCAGGCUGCGCGCAAAUUCACGCAAACCCUCAGUCCGGCUGCCAUGGGACGGGUCAGCGUGUCUACCGAGCGGCCCAGCCUUUUGGAGCUCAACGAGUCGGCCCAGAAUGCCUCCGGAUGGCUCGCGUCGUUUGUGCCGGGCAGGGCAAGGCGGGCAAGGCGCCUCACGCAUGGGAUCCGCGAGCUCAGCAGCAAGCUGGCUGGCGCCAAAUUGCCGGCGAUGAAGGCCGAGCCGCUGAGCACAAAGUCCCUUGCUGAUGCUAAGCGCGUGUCGCUGCCGCCGCUGCUCAGCCCGAGCCACCCGGACGCGCGCAUCUCGUCUGACUCGCAUUCGCUCCACCAGCAGAGCCUGACAGCACCGGCUACACGCGAGGAUGUUGGCGAGCUGCCGCCAUCGUCAAUCGAAGAUGCAGUGAUUGUCGAUAUUGAAUCGACCGUCGAGGCCCACAAGCCUGUGAUCAGCGCCGUGACGGUGAGCACCAGCGCCGCCUCGCCAGCAUCAACGCCCUCGCACCCGCCACUGCCAGUUGACCUGCCGCCUCUGCCCUCGCUUCCCUCCAGCCGCCGCAAACCCGGCCUGUCACGCUCAGCGACAGUGGCGGUGUCGCGCAGCCGCAACAACCUCAACAGCGACACCGCAUCGAUCAGUCGCGAGGAGAAAUCCGCUCUCUCGCGCAGCAGCAGCAUCCGGGCACUGCGCCCGCAGGCGCACAACGGAUGGAAGUCCAUUAAGAAUGACUUCGAAGGGCUCGCUGUGGUGGGCUCGCCCAAGAGUGCUGCCAGUGCAAAGCCGGAUGCAAAGCCACGCUUUGUGCGCAAGGCUCCAGUACUGAAGCGCCGGAACCGGAACCCUGGUGCCGCAUCGUCGUCGGAUGAUGUAACAGGCGACGAUCGCUUGUUUAGGCUGAUUUCAAAGCCAUCCAAGAUCACCUUCAAUGGCAUAUUCAGCCAUGCUGCGAUUGACGUGUUCUCUGCUGCGGUGUUUGGGCUGGUUGCUGUAGGCUUGGCUACAUAUUUCGCUCGCUGGUGGACCCGCGUGCUGGCACGGGCGGUUUCGCUGGCUACGCAUAAUGAGAUGCAGCAGGCGCAAGAAGCUCCGCUGCUUCACAAGCGGGCGCGUGCUGAAUCGCAGCUGAGGCCGCAGCCUGCAGCAUUUGCGAGCACCAAUCCAUUUGUGCUAAGCCUGAAUGAGGGUUGCCCGACGACUGAGAACACUCCGCGCAGCAGCGACGAGGCCGUGCCAAUGGUGCACACUGUUGAGCUGGGGAGCGGCUGGAAGGCACGGCCGCUGGAGGAUGAGCUUGGGAUGCUGCUGGCGGCUGCCAAGGGAAUCCAGAAGCAGAGGCAAAUCAAGCGGCAGAUUGCCCGCAGCAAACAGGGGCGAGCCGCUUCCAGCUAG